UGCCAGGUGCUUUUUUAUGAAUUAUCUCUUUAAAUCUUCCCGAUAACCCUCUAAAGUAAGUACUAGAGUGGUCUUUAUUCACAAUUAGUAAGCGGAGGCAUGGAGAGGUGAAACGGCUUGACUCAGCUCACAUGACAGGCAGGUGUCGGGGCUGGCACUUAAACGUUCACUUAGGUCUUGCCUCCAGUCACUGUGUGCCCUCCUGCCCGUACCUAAAAUGCACCACAGGGAAGGAGGAAGGCAGGCAGAGAGACAGAAACAGCACACACGGAGAGGCACAAGACCUCUGAGGAAACACUGAAGCGCUGUGGACCCUCACAGGGGCUUUUCGUCUUUUGCAGCCUGACCUCAAAGAUGCCCCAGUUACUGAGAAACAUCAGUGGGAUCAUUGAGGCCUUCGGGCGCUAUGCCAGGACGGAGGGCGACUGCACCGUGCUCUCCCGAGGGGAGCUCAAGAGACUCCUGGAGCAAGAGUUUGCAGAUGUCAUAGUGAGACCCCACGAUGCAGCCACUGUGGAUGAGGUCCUGCGCCUGCUGGACGAGGACCACACGGGGACUGUGGAAUUCAAGGAAUUCCUGGUUUUGGUGUUUAAGGUUGCCCAGGCCUGUUUUAAGACCCUGAACCAGAGUCCUGGGGGUGCUUGCAGUUCUCGAGAAUCUGGAAACCAACACUCUGGGUCUUCAAAAGAGCUGGGGGAAUGUCAGAGAAGUGGCUCUGAAGUGGGAAGCGAUGGGCAGGGACAACAUCAAGAGGCAAGCAGCCAUGCACAGAGCCAGCAGGCUUCCAGAGGCCAGGGCGGGACUGGGACUCAGACCCAGGGUCAGGACACCAUCUCUGCACAGGUCAUCAGCCAUGACAGGCAGGCUGAGUCCCAGAGGCAGGAGAGGGGGAGUCAGCAGACACAAGGAGCAGGCUAUGUGGAGCAGACCCCAAAAGUAGAGGACAGAGGGUCAGAGAGACAACUGAAGACCAGCGAACAGACAGGUGAGGUCGUGACUGGACCUGCAGCUCAGACCCAGACAGGUGCCACCCAGGCUGGGCAGCAAGACAGCAGCCAUCAGACAGGAAGUACCGGCACCCAGACACAGGGGUCUUCCUCUGGCCAGAUCAGGCAGACCGAGACACAGGGUCAGGUCAGGAUCCAGACCAGCCAGGUUGUGACAGGAGGACAAAUUCCAACACAGACAGGGUCACACACCCAGAUACACAGCCAGACCGUGGGACAGGACAGCAGCCAUCACACAGGAAGUACCAGCACCCAGACACAGGGGUCUUCUUCUGGCCAGACCAGGCAGACGGAGACACAGGGCCAGGAUAGGAUCCAGACCAGCCAGUUUGUGACAGGAGGACAAAUCCCAACACAAACAGGGUCACACACCCAGAUACACAGCCAGACCAUAGGACAGGACAGCAGCCAUCACACAGGAAGUACCAGCACCCAGACACAGGGGUCUUUCACUGGCCAGACCACACAGACCGAGACACAGGGUCAGGUCAGGAUCCAGACUAGCCAGGUUGUGACAGGGGGACAAAUCCCGACACAGACAGGGUCACACACCCAGAUACACAGCCAGACCGUGGGACAGGACAGCAGCCAUCACACAGGAAGUACCGGCAUCCAGACACAGGGGUCUUUCUAUGGCCAGACCAGGCAGACGGAGACACAGGGUCAGGACAGGAUCCAGACCAGCCAGGUUGUGACAGGAGGACAAAUCCCAACACAGACAGGG